AGCUGCUCUCCCAGGGCGAUGGGCACCGCGUGGCUCGGGUAGCGCCUAUCCGGGAGCGGGCCCAAACAAUUUCCCCGUAUAAUUUCCCCGCUUCUCGGGUCGAAGAGGAGGAGAGGGAGAGAGGGGCGCCAGGUUACCUUUGCCAUUAGCUGGGCAGAAAGAGAGAGAGAGAGAGAAAGAGAAAUGGCGUUGUCGUCGUGGACGCAGUGGCUCAUCAACCCCCGCCGCAACUGGCUCGCGCGCCAGCACAUGAAGGCCGUCUCCAAACGCCUCAGGAACUACGGGCUUCGGUACGAUGAUUUGUACGAUCCGUACUACGAUCUAGAUAUUAAGGAGGCCCUCGCGCGGCUCCCGCGGGAGGUGGUGGACGCGCGGAACCAGCGGCUCAAGCGCGCCAUGGAUCUCUCCAUGAAGCACGAGUACUUGCCCGAGGAUCUCCAGGCACUGCAGACACCAUUCAGAGGCUAUCUUGGUGAUAUGUUCGCUCUGUAUGGUGAUAGGUCCCCCGGUGUAAUGCACCACCUAUCAUAUGGUGGACGGUGCUCUGAACUGCAUAUGCUGCCAUAUAUACUGUUUUCAGAACAUUGUUGCGAGUUUGAAGGUGAAGAAGGAGAGGGCCGAGCGAGAGGCAUUGGGGGCUCUGCCUCUCUACCAGCGGACCAUUCCUUGAAGUGUCUCUGUGAUGUGCUUUCUUUGUUUCUGAAUUCUAGUAAAGAUGAAAUAAGAUGCAGUGAAUAAUGCUGGAACAUGUGUCUCAUCUGAACUAUUAUUUUGAUGAUUUCCUUCUUGUCUCUCGUAAAUCAUCAGUCUAUCUGCAUUCCUUGAAUUUCUGUAGACCUCUAUGACGCAGCAUGUAUAUAUCUGUUCAUUAUUCUUGCAAGACUCUACUAAGUGGAGACUUUAAAGGAUCUUUUUGGAGCUACCCAUGAUAACACCUAUAUUUUUGCUUUUAGUGGCAUGCA